UGUUCAGAAGUAAGAGUCUUCCACAUAUGAAUUUCAGCUCCAUGUUGCAUUAAAUAUGUAAACUCCGUUUGUGCUCCGAGCUCAGAUUUCCCAGUGCAAAUAUUGACUUCAGUCGCCUUGACACACCCACUUCCCGCAAACGCCAGAGUCUGAGGAGGGCACCCGCGAUUGCACCCUUUUCUGGCACGCCUUGUAAUGAGGAGAUCCACUUCAGCGCCCCUACCCCACCCAACACCACACCUCCACCCUCAGCCGCUGCUUAAGGUGCAGUGAGCAGCGGCGGCGCCGGGUGUUGGUGGCUUGGCGCAGGCUCAGUGUGUUUUUGACGUCAGUGUGGAGCGGGGCUGGCGCACUCUCUGGCACUCUCUUCCCAUUGUCAGCAGCCGAACGAUGCGAUCGGGCUGAAACGUUGCCGCCGCCCAGCAGAUAUCACCGAGCAGUAAUCCAGUGACAGUCCCUUCCGGCCGAAGCCCCUGUUCUCUCUCUCUCCUCCCCUCCCCAUCUGAAGACCACUGUCUUGAUUGUGCAAAUCUGCAAAGAGAGAGAGAGAGAGAGACAGCGAGAAAAGGGGAAAAAAACAACCCCCACCAGCCUUUCUAGGAUAUUCCUGUAUCUGUGCACCGGCAAGGAACGGAGUGAGCCCGGCCCCAUCUCUCCUCCGGCUUUGGAUGUGCGAUUAAAGACCAGGCGUUUCGCAAAGAGAGGGUUCAGUUCGAGUGAGUGAGUGAGUGAGGAGGAGGAGGAGAGAGAGAGAGAGAGAGAGAGAGAGAGAGAGAGAGGCCAGAGCUGUGCUACUUUCCACACACUAACCAUGGGAUGUACAAUGAGCGCCGAGGAGAGGGCAGCCAUGGAGCGGAGCAAAGCCAUCGAGAAAACCAUAAAAGAGGAUGGCCUCAGCGCCGCCAAGGAUGUCAAGCUGCUGCUUCUCGGGGCGGGCGAAUCGGGGAAAAGCACCAUCGUAAAGCAAAUGAAGAUUAUCCAUGAGGAUGGAUUCUCUGGUGACGAUGUGAAGCAGUACAAACCUGUGGUAUACAGCAACACCAUUCAGUCACUGGCAGCCAUUGUCCGUGCCAUGGAUACUCUAGGCAUUGAGUAUGGCGACAAGGACAGAAAGGCCGAUGCCAAGAUGGUGUGCGAUGUUGUAAGUCGAAUGGAGGAUACAGAGCCGUUCUCCCCAGAGCUGCUGGCUGCCAUGAAGCGAAUUUGGACUGAUUCCGGGGUAGUGGAAUGUUUCAGCCGUUCCCGUGAAUACCAGCUUAAUGAUUCGGCGCAAUAUUACUUAGACAGCUUAGAUCGGAUUGGAGGGAGCGAUUACCAACCAACAGAGCAGGACAUCCUCCGAACUAGAGUGAAGACCACUGGAAUCGUAGAAACCCACUUUACAUUCAAAAAUCUCCACUUCAGGCUGUUUGAUGUGGGAGGUCAAAGAUCAGAAAGAAAGAAGUGGAUCCACUGCUUUGAAGAUGUGACAGCAAUUAUCUUCUGCGUGGCACUGAGUGGCUACGACCAGGUGCUCCAUGAGGAUGAGACCACGAAUCGCAUGCAUGAGUCAUUGAAGUUAUUCGACAGUAUUUGUAACAACAAAUGGUUUACAGACACUUCAAUCAUCCUUUUUCUCAACAAGAAGGACAUAUUUGAGGAAAAAAUUAAGAAAUCUCCAUUAACUAUCUGCUUCCCCGAAUACACAGGCCCUAGCGUGUUUGCUGAAGCUGUUGCUUGUAUUCAGGCCGAAUAUGAGAGCAAGAACAAAUCAGUGAAUAAAGAGAUCUACACGCACAUCACCUGUGCCACCGACACCAAUAAUAUCCAGUUUGUUUUUGAUGCAGUAACCGAUGUGAUUAUUGCUAACAAUCUGCGAGGGUGUGGCCUGUACUAGAAUCAUCAGAUGCUGUGAGAUCAAUCUACCACUGGUUUUACUGUAGAAGUGAAGAGAACAGCUUAUUGUGCAGCUUUUGGAAAGAGUGGAAUUGGACAGGUUUUAUCAUCAAUUGGCAUGCACACUCAAGCUAGCAAGACAGAUACAGGCUACAUAAUCGUUAGGGCACAGUUAUACUGCCACUUUUGCAUUGAUGCUUUAGGUGCCUUUCAGUGCCUUAGCAGUGGUAUAACUCAGAAGACCACCAGGUUUCUAAGUGGGAGGACCCUGGGACAGAGGCCUCUCAUCUUAGUUGGUGCUUGCCUUCAGUGCCAUCUAAUGCUUGCUCAGUGGUGUUGGCCCAUUUCUUCAUAUAUAACCAUUCACAAUAUCUAUAAUGUAUUUGUACAAGAAGAUGUAUACACACCUGGCUCCAAUAUGUGGACACACACACACACGUGCACACACACACACACACACACACACACACACACACACACACACACAUACACAGUCACACUCACACACACACUCACACACACGCACACACUCACACACACACACACACACUCACUCACACAUACACAUACGUACAUACACACACACACAUGCACGCGCACGCACAUACACAUACGUACAUACACACACACACACAUGCACGCGCACGCACAUACACAUACGUACAUACACACACAUGCAUGCACACGCACAUACGCACAAUACAUCCUUGUGCACUUUCCUUCGCCGUAGGUUUUGAUUGCUUCUCUCUCUUCUUUUCAUUUUCUCAUUGUAUUUUCAGUUUAUCUACAUUUAUUCCUUCAUUCACUUUACCUGAAAAGUUCAUCAGGUUAUUUAUUUUAAAAUGCAUAUUUCAGAACUUGAAAGCUUAUACUAUGUUGCUUUUCAGUUGAUAGAGAAGUGGUUUUAUUUCACUUUUCUUGCUGCGGCUGCUAAAACUGAAAUGGAAAUUUAGUCAGGCAGAUAUUGCUCAAGGAAUGCUGGAGCUUGGGCUUUGUCAAAACAAAGAUGACUGGGUGUGUGUUCUCUAGAUCACGAGGACCUUUGUUAUCUGACCUCUGUGGAUCUGUGUUAGCUGAUUGUUUUUCUGAUUUAUGAGAAGCCACAGCAUCUGUCGCAUGUGCAUCUGUGUUUUAGGGUCAGAACUGGAACUUCUAUGGUUCAUCAAAACAAAGCCAAUCCGUACUGGGGCUAUGCGUAAAUACACCCAUGAGUCUGCCUUCCUUGGGUUUUUCACAAUUACAGUAGCAACUCUAGAGGUCCAGUAUUUGUCAAUAUUUAUUGUACCUGUCACAGUCGAUCAAUUGUUAAUAUUGAAGCAUGCUUGAAGAACAUUCAUGAGAAUCACAAUGACAGGCAUUUGAGUCCACUGUCCUUACACCCACUCUUAAAGAAACAUGUGGGUUAUUUUCUGCAAGCUAAUUAAGCUACCAAAUUGUCAAAAUCUUAAUUCUUUUAAAUACUAAACAAUUCUAACUGUAAAUAGUGUGCCUUCUUCUGGAUAUGAGAGAAGAUCCAGUCUUGGUACUUCUUUACUUAUAAGUCAUAAUAUAUUCUAGAAGUUGUAAAGUACAUUAAAAGCUGAAAAAUUAAUGCAAAGAUGACCUAAAUCAAAAUUAUUUAACAGCUCUAAAGUAAGAUAACUUUAUUUUUGUCUUAGUUACUUCGUGCUUGUCCUUUCAAAGGAAGCUGUUUUGGGAGAUUUGUUAUUAAGCUUGAGUUUUUCUGCAGUGUCCCCUCUCUCCUCGAGCACAGAAUGGGUAUCCAUAUUUCUGGAAUACUGUAACUCCAAAACCAUAAACUGGUUCACAUGCUGGUUACAUUGGGCUAUUGGUUGUCCGGGGAUAGAUAGGUUUGGAAUUAGCUUUCUUGUUUUUCUUGGAACAGCUGAAACACAAUCUGAUUCUUUUAAGGAUUAACAGGACUCCACCCAAAUUUUCAGCAAGAGGUGACAAAUGCCUGUUUUCACUGUUUUACUCAGUGAAAGGACAAAGCACUGAGUAACUAAGACAUGCAGUCAAAGGUGUCUCUAUUGCUCUGUCCUACCAGUUACUGGGCAUUCAUUUUGUUUUGUGUCCCACCCAAAAGUAUUGUAUUAUAAUUGCCUAUGUUAUCAUUUCUUUGAUACUUUUCUGCUUGCCUGACCCGUUGGCAAAGAACUUCCUGCAGUUGGUGAUUUUUCUCCUUGCUGUAAACCACAUGUCUAUUAUCUUCCUCUCACUCUUUUCUGAAUUAACCUCUUUAUCUUUAUUUUUAUAUAAAUGAAUUUUCAGCUAUCUUUGAUUUAUUUUAAAAUACUUUUCAGGCCCUUGCUUUGUUUUCCUAAAACCCUUUCCACUUUCAACUGUGCCUUUUCAAUGUUCUUCUGACGCUCUCAGCAGUAUCAGCCACAUGCUAUUUGUAAUAAGCCCUUUUUACCUCCUCCAGUCUAAAAGUCUGUUGUGUCCCUGUUCUUGUCUAAAUCCUUAAUUAAAUCUCAAAAAGCAAGGGAUCUAUUUUCAAACCCCGAUGAAAAUGCCUAUCCAGUCAUUAAAAUUCCCGUGAUAUUUAUUUCCAGCCACUGGGCCAAUUUUAUACCCAAAUUGAUAUUUUAGUUUAGAUUCCAUCAGACUGCUUUUCCAAUUAGUUUGCCAUGGAGGGAUUUUGUCAAGAUCCAUUCAAACUAGAAUAAGUACAUCAUAAUGAUAACAAAAAAGCUGCAAAAUAUGCCGCAAGAUUGGCAACUUCUGUGGAGGGUGAAGUAGAAUUAACGUGUCUACUUUCUGGUCAAUGACCCUCCUUGAUUGCCCCCUCAGAAAAUUCAUGCAACUUGCUUUGACACAAAUUCCCUGAGAAAAUUCAGCCUGAUUAUCCUCAAUUACUUUGGACCUAUCGAAAUGAUACUUAAUGCAAUCAUUUAUAUUAUUUUCCCAUUGCUCUGCCCAACCCCUCAGUGACAGAUGCAAAAAGCUCGUCAACCUAUCCAUGAAAAUCUGGGACAUAGUGGGAUAUGGUUAGUGCUCAGAAUGUAAUGCAGUUCAUUUACCUCAGCUUUUCACUGAAGGACAAUGUCUGUGGCUUAUAAUGUAAAUGAGCGAUGCCAUAAUAUAGGAUUGGGAGAUUCUGUCUUGAGCGAGGACAGUGAUGGAAAUUGCUUAGCGGUAGUGAGUCGUGCACUGUCGAUUAACUAGAGACAGAACAGAUAUUGGUAGUUCAAGAGCGUUGGGUGUUGCUGUAUGCCAUGGCCAUUUUUAUAAAUGUGUUAUGGGACAUGCCCUGUCCUGUAAAGUUGUUGAGUUAACUGAUGCCAUUAAUUAGAUGUCAAUAUUGCUGCAGUAUAAAUCUUCUUGGCCAUCUACCGACUUUGAACAACGUACAUGGGUCUGCCAGUUGCUGUAAAGGUUCUGAAAGCCAGUUUUGCUCAUUUACCAUCAAAACUUGUCCAUUAACCUUAUAACACAAUGGUAUCCCAUUCCACAGUAUUAACCAUAAACUGGAUGACAUCUAGUAAUCCAGUACAAUAACAUUUUGGAAUGUACCAUUUCAGGUAAGUGAAGCUUGAGGAGCACAAGAGUGAAUCUUUAUCCAGAACCUGACUGUAAUGAGAUCCUCACUCUUACAGUAUGUGCCAAUAUCUAGUGCUAAUCUCUUGGUCAUCUCUCUGUGGGAUUAGGAACCAUAACAUGGUUCAAGCGACUGCUUAGGCUAAACUGGUACUUUAUUGCUAAUUACA